AUGGCGGCUACGAACCACAUGCACAACCUGACUACGCUCAUCAAGCGCCUCGAAGCUGCAACAUCCCGACUCGAGGAUAUUGCCUCCUCCACCGAUGUCCCUAACGAUAUCACUGCGUCGAACCCCCCCAUCGCUUCUCCUUCCGUAGCUACCGCCAUCUCCACGCCUCCCGCCGCCCCUGCGCCGCCCAAGCCGGCUGCCGAGGCCAUUCCCGAAUCCAUCGAGGAAUUCGACAACUUUCUCAGCUCCGCCGUCGACAAAUAUGUAAAGCUCAGCAACCAGCUCGGGGGCCUCGUCGCUCAACAGGCCGCAUUGGUCCACAAGGGACUCCAAGAACAACGCAAGUUCCUCCUAAUUUCCACUAAAGCCAAGAAGCCCGACCUUUCUGGCCCGGACAUGGUUGCGUAUCAGGAGCUUCUCAAGCCCAUCAACGAAGCUCUGAUGGCUGUCACAGACCUGAAGGAUAAGAACCGCCCUGACCCCAUGUAUACACAACUCAGCACCGUCGCCGACGGCAUCAUGGUCCUGGCAUGGGUCACUGUUGAUAGCCGCCCCUACAAGCAUGUAGAGGAAUGUCUUGGAUCGGCGCAAUUUUUUGGAAACAGGGUCCUCAAAGAGCAGAAGGACAAGGAUGCCAAGCAAGUUGAGUGGGUUCAGGCAUUCUACCAACUCUUCCGCGAUCUGGCCGACUACGUCAAGCAAUAUUUCCCCAGUGGUAUCACUUGGAACCCCAACGGCAGCUCAGCCCAGGAAGUCGGCAAGUCUCUCUCUGCUGACCCUAGCCCACCUGCUGCCCCUGCCCCUUCAGCCGGAGGUCCGCCGCCUCCGCCGCCUCCUCCCCCCGGCCCGCCCCCGGUUCUGGAUAUCAAGGCCGAACCGGCCCCUGCUGCGGCGCCGGGCGGUAUUGGAGCUGUCUUCUCUGAGCUGAACAAGGGCGAGUCCGUUACAAAAGGCCUCCGAAAAGUAGAAAAGUCCGAGAUGACGCACAAGAACCCGUCUCUUCGCGCAAGCUCAACUGUAUCGGACCGCGAUGGUUCGUCUCGCGGUAAGAGCCCGGCACCCGGCAAGAAGCCCAAGCCUGAGAGCAUGCGACUCAAGAAGCCGCCCAAGAAGGAGCUCGAAGGAAACAAAUGGACAAUUGAAAACUACGAAAAGGAGGCGCAGCCGAUAGAGAUUGAGGCGUCUCUGACGCAAUCGGUUCUUAUCAGCCGAUGCAACAACACCACCAUCAUUGUCAAGGGCAAAGCGAACCAGGUUAUGGUGGAGAACUCGACCCGACUGUCCCUCAUUGUUGAUACCCUCGUCUCGACCGUAGACGUGGUCAAGGCACAAAACUUUGCUCUUCAGGUUAUGGGCACUAUCCCAACCGUCAUGAUGGACCAAAUCGAUGGCGCCCAGAUCUACUUUAGCAAGGAGAGCACCGGUACCAAGAUUUUUACGAGCAAGUCUGCUGGCAUCAACCUCAAUGUCAUUUCUGGCCCCGACGAGGACUACAAGGAGGUGCCCUUGCCGUCACAGAUUUGUUCCUACUUCGAUGAGGAAAAGAACGAUCUGGUCAAUGAGAUUGUGGCUCAUUCCGGCUAA